UUUUGUAAACAAUCGACGUCACUAACCAACGUAGGAGAAAAUUUUGUAGUACGUCGCGAAUAUAACGUGCAAUAAAUGCAAUAAAAGAGCAGCUGGCGAUCCCAGACGUAUCCGUACGAUUGAAAGCACCCAACCGUACAGGGGCCAGCAUCCGAGGUAGUGAAUCCGGGCAUCCGGUUGGACAGAGGGGCAAAACCGAGUUUCCAUCCGCACACGGACACGGCGCAGACACACACAGGCGCACGCAGCCCGUGCCCAUCGAUGAAAUAACAUACAUAACGAACGUAUACCGAAAAUACAUAGGUUACGGGAAAUAGCAGUAGCACGAAUCGGCGGACAAGCGAAAUUCGGGGAGCGGAGCAACCGGGCCACAAACAUGUCGGAUAUCAUGAACAUCGACAGCAUUAUAUCGCGUUUGCUGGAGGUGCGCGGUGCACGUCCGGGGAAGAACGUGCAGCUGUCAGAGAGCGAGAUCCGGAGCCUGUGCCUCAAGUCGCGCGAGAUUUUCCUGUCGCAGCCCAUCCUCCUGGAACUGGAGGCUCCGCUGAAGAUCUGCGGUGACAUACACGGACAAUACUACGACCUCUUGCGCCUCUUCGAGUACGGCGGCUUUCCGCCGGAGUCGAACUACCUGUUCCUGGGCGACUACGUCGACCGCGGCAAGCAGUCCCUGGAGACGAUAUGUCUGUUGCUGGCCUACAAGAUCAAGUACUCGGAGAACUUUUUCUUGCUGCGCGGCAACCACGAGUGCGCCAGCAUCAACCGCAUCUACGGGUUCUAUGACGAAUGCAAACGUCGCUACACCAUCAAGCUGUGGAAAACGUUCACGGACUGCUUUAACUGCCUGCCGGUGGCCGCCAUCGUGGAUGAGAAGAUCUUCUGCUGCCACGGCGGCCUAAGUCCAGAUCUGUCGUCCAUGGAGCAGAUCCGGCGCAUCAUGCGCCCCACAGACGUCCCCGAUCAGGGCCUGCUGUGUGAUCUGCUGUGGUCCGAUCCGGAUAAGGAUACCAUGGGCUGGGGCGAGAAUGAUCGCGGUGUAAGCUUCACAUUCGGAGCAGAGGUUGUGGGUAAAUUUUUACAGAAGCACGAAUUUGACCUGAUCUGUCGGGCCCAUCAGGUGGUGGAGGAUGGCUACGAAUUCUUCGCCAAACGUCAGCUGGUUACGCUCUUCUCGGCGCCCAACUAUUGCGGGGAGUUCGACAAUGCGGGUGCCAUGAUGUCCGUGGACGACACAUUGAUGUGCUCCUUUCAGAUAUUGAAACCCGCCGACAAGCGACGAUUUGUUUAUCCCAACUUUGGCAGCUCAGGACGUCCUUUGACACCGCCGCGUGGCGCCAACAAUAAAAACAAGAAAAAAUAAACGCUGGACACCUCAAACAAUGCACAACAACAGCAACUACAAACGGCCACACACCCACACAAAAAUAGGGAAAAUGGAAAGGAAAAUCCGUGUCCACAUGCAACGGAAAGCGCAGAAAUUUUGUUUUUAUCAAAUACGUGUAAUCGAAUCGUGAGCAACGUUAUAAGGGGUAUAUGAAUCUUUACAAAUUAGUCUAUUUUUCAUUUGAAAAAACAAGAAAGCAAAACAAAUCGAAUAGAAUGAAAUGAAAUGAAAUCUACAAAAAACAAAACACAAAUCGAGACACUUUAGUUCAAACUAAUGGUAGUGUAAGACACUGCAUAAGCAAGAAUAUUUUAUCUCCUAAUGUAUUAAUUUUGUUAUAGUUUUUCCUUGCGCAAAGCCAACAUACACAUACACACACACACACUCAUGCUUAGAACACCCGUACAGUAGGUACGAAAAGUGCACGCACCGGUUGUAUUUUAAUUUGCAUUUCUAUUUCGCACAGCAUUUUAUUUGAGCCUACUUCGGCGGCACCUUAAGCAGUCUUUGGCAAUGGUUUUUAACCACUCUUCUGUUCUUCCCAUUUAUUUUUUGCGUGUCUAAAAGAAUAGCAAAUGGUAAAAAUGUUAACUUUUACGUUAAUUAAACUGUACGAGAAUGCUUUUAACUGUGAGUUGAGUUAACUACAUAUUACAUAUGUACUCGAAGCACGAUUUAUUUUUGUAAUAUUGUCUUAGAAAUUUUACAUCGAUACAUGUUUACUUAGUUUUAAAAUGAGGAAAGCAAUUUUAGUUGCAAGCUACAUAAGUUUGAAUUGUUUACACCAAAAAUAUUAAAAUAAACAAAUAAUGUGUA